UGGGCAUGUUUACUCUUGUACACUACCCAUAAAUUUCACUGAAGCCUUUGCUGUAGCUUUCUAUGUUAUCUUGGUCACUCUGAUGCAUUUGUGUUAUUGUUCCUUUGACUACCCUUUAGCUCCUGGAGAAUGUUGAUGUCAUGCUUCAUUCCUUGCGAGUCUAGGCACUGCAUCAUCCUGUGUCUGUCUUGACACCUACAGUGAAGCGCAUGAAAAUUCAGUGUUUCCUUCAACAUCAACUACAAGGACAUCAGGAUGCAGUAUGGAAGGCACUUGCUAUCUUCAUGAACUUCAUCUAUACUGUCUAGGGUAGCACAAGAUGUUUUAUGAACAAAACUGUGUGAACCAACUCAGUGGUAAAUCAAAUGUUUGCUUGAUAUUGUGUAUAGGAGUUUAUGAUGGAUGCCAUGAAUUUUCGAGAACCAUAUAGAAGUAACAUUUUGGAAGAUUGAACUAACAGAUCCUUGGGUGUGUAGGAGAAAUCAGGGCAUCUUAGUGGUUACAAUGAGUGUUAUCCUAUAUGCCAUAAUCAUAGUAAUUUUAAGUGUUGAACUCAUAAUGGGAAGUUUAGGAAAUAUAUUCAUAGUGCUGGUGAACAUCAAGAACUGGGUCAAGAGAAGAACGAUUUCUACAGUGGAUCAAAUCCUUAUGGCUCUUGCCAUUUCUAGAUUUGCUUUUCUGUGCACAAUAGUCACAAAUGUAUUGGUAUAUGUGCUGCUCCCAUUUCCAAUUAAAACUAAAAAUCUCAUUAAAAUAACUAGCAUACAUUGGACAAUAACCAACCAUUUCAGCAUCUGGCUUGCUACAUGCCUUAGCAUCUUUUAUUUUCUCAAGAUAGCCAAUUUCUCAAACUUUGUUUUCCUAUACCUAAAAUGGAGAGUUAAAAAAGUGGUUUUAGUGAUGCUGCUAGGAUCUUUUCUCCCCUUGUUUUUAAACAUUUUUGUCAUAAACAGAUGUAUUGAUGUUUGGAUUGAUGGACACGAAGACAAUAUGUCCUACAGUGUUAUCUCCAGUAACUCUACUCAGUUUUCUAAUCUAUUAAUCACUAACACUAUAUUCAUACUCAUCCCUUUCUCUGUUUCUCUGAUAACUUUCCUCCUGCUCAUCUUCUCACUAUGGAGACAUUUGAAGAACAUGCAUCACAAUGCCAAAGGUUCCAGAGAUGUCAGUUCCAAAGCCCACAUAAAGACCCUGCAAAGUGUGAUCAUCUUCCUAUUAUUAUAUGCUGCUUUCUUCCUGUCAAUUCUUUUACAAUUUUGGAAUGAUGACUUUCAGCAGAAAUAUCUAAUUAUUUUGUUUUUACGAGGUAUAGCGAUUGCUUUUCCCUCAGGCCACUCCUAUGUCUUAAUUCUGGGAAACACUCAUCUAAGACAGGCAUCCUUUUCUGUGCUCUGGUGGCUGAGGUGCAGACUCAAAGAUGUGGAAUGUUUGGGUCCCUAAAACAUGUCAGAAAUCACCUUCCAAAUUUUAUAGAAAAUUCAGUUCAUAAGUGUUAGCUUUUAGGGAGAAAUAGAUACAGAAAGGAGUCAGAGAUGGGUCAGCCUUCAGACAGAGUUUAUUAUGAAGACAGACAGGAUUCUACUAAGCUUUCUGGAAAUACCCAGAGGGCCCAGAUGUAAAUAUCAUUUCUGCAAGAGUGAAAAAAAAUUGUUUAUGUAAGAUCCUUGUGAGAAAGUAGGAAAAGAGGAAAGGUGUUAUGCCAGGAGGAAAUGAGCCCAAAGCAGGCUGACAUUAUCUAACUAGACUUAGAGACAUCACGUGUGCCUGUAUUUCUUAAUGAAGCAGAUUUUUAAAAUGGCCGAAAGCUAUUCCUUUGAAAGGGGUCUCUGCAAGACAAAUGGGCCUUGUCAGAAUGUGAUGGAAUAGAGGUCACCUGUUCUGUCUGCAGCCCUUCUCAUUUUAGAUCCAUACAGGCUGGUUGCUAAGAGAUAGAGGGAGUUUGGCUCUUGUGAGAAUUAUGAGGAGAGGUAGAUAGACUCCCACCAGAGGUGGUCAGGUCUGUGAGGCAAUAAGAAAUGAUGGGAGGAGAGAUUGCUGUGGGCUGUAGGAUAGAACAAUUGCAUGUAAACUUAUGAAUUUGGGGAAAUUACAUGUACAUUAAGCACUGGCCAAACAAUUCUGAUUUGGCAGAGAAGAUGCAAAUAUAUACAUUGCUGUAUGAAGAGAGGUUUGAAUAUGGACCAUCUAAGUGUAAGAACUGAUAUGAGUAAUAGUUUUACAUCAAUCACUAGCUCU